AUGGCCCAUUUUUUACGAGGAAAGCAGGCUGGCAUCCAGAGUGAUCUCUCCGGGAGCCUCUCGCCGGAAAGCUUCCUCAUAGACGAGUCGUUACUCGCUGCCGGCACAAGCGAGACGCAGUUCGGCAGCGGGGAGAUUUAUGUGUUUGGACAAGAGCGAGUCUCUGCCGUUUUUUCCCUCCCUCGCAAAGCGUCAACGAGUAUUCUUCAAUUCUGCGGAGAUAAGCUACUCGCCGUUGCGAAGAAUGAGCUAUACGUCUUCUCGCUUGAUGAGAGAAAGCUCGUCACUUCGUAUGCGCCGCCUGGGCAUGCUACGUGCGUGCUUACAGACCCAGCCCUAGACUAUGCAUUUAUCGGGCUACAGAACGGCGAGCUUGUCACAUAUGACCUCGACCGGCAUAUGGUAGCUCCAUUCAAAGUGUCAAAUUUAUGGAAAGAGAGAAAUUCGAGGGCCAGGUUCCUCCCCAUAGUAUCCCUUGCUUUUCAUCCAAAGGAUAUAGGGACUCUACUGAUCGGAUACUCGGACGGAGCCGUGAUAUUUUCUAUCAAACAAAAUGUCCCUGUCAAGUACUUCCAGUAUGAGGUACCCAAGGGCGCUCCGGGUGGUGAUUCAGACCCCUCCUCAGCUCGUGAGACGAGGUGGCCUAAAGUUGUCAAGGCACUCUGGCACCCAACUGCCACUUUUGUUUUAACUGCGCACGAAGAUUCAUCUCUUGUGUUUUGGGACCCGAAAGAUGGGCGUGUCGUCAUGGCUAGAACGAUACAGGCAAUAGAUGUGAAUAAACCAGGCGAAGUCGCAUCUACAUCUGGCUCAACUCCUGGUACUUUCUCACUAAAAGCACCUAUUUUUGAAAUUGCAUGGUGUUGCAAAGAAAACCCGGACGAUACGGGACUACUAAUAGCUGGUGGAACACCUACCACUGAGAUGACAAAAGGGCUCACGUUUAUUGAUCUCGGGAUUACUCCAAACUACCAAACUUCUUCCUGGCAAGUCCUGUCUGGUCAUUUCUCAUCUUUAAAGCGUCAGUCAACAUUACCGACUCCGCCAAAUGCAGAAGUAGCCCAGUUUUGCCUAAUUCCCCGAGCAUCACCCCAUUUCGGGGGUGCUCAAGAUCCUAUUGCAGUUAUUGCUCUUCUAUCAUCCGGGGAACUAGUUACUCUAAGCUUUCCAAGCGGAUACCCCAUAACUCCUACCAAUGUUUUCCCUCCUUCUUUAACAAUGGUCCACCCAUUUGCUACCAAAUUUGAUCUUGCUUGCAUCGACAGGACAAGAUGGCUUGCACUGAAACGUUUUGAAACCCGCGAUAUUGCUAUUGUUGCACAUGCAGAUGGUCUCAUACGUCUUUGGGAUAUCGGGCAUGACGACCAGAUAGAGAAUCCAACAGUUCUUCAAGUGGAUCUGGCUCGCGCAGUUGGGAGGUAUGAUAAAAUUGAGGCCACCCAGAUGUCGUUUUCUGGUGCCGCAGGCGAACUUUCUGUUGGCCUCCAAAGCGGAGAGUUAGUUGUGUUUAAAUGGGGUCGGAAUGAAAACGCUGGCCGAGAUGUGCCCCUUGGGGAGAAUAAUGGGCCGGACCAGAUUACUAGCAUAUCUCACAGAGGUGACCCUGGACUGAAGGAGGGGCUACUCCCUCUUGCACUGCUAGACCAAAGCCAGGGACCAAUUACCGUUCUCAAGCACAGUGAUGUAGGAUUCAUCUGUGUUGGAUAUAAGUCUGGAAGCAUUGCAUUUCUUGACUUACGCGGCCCAGCUGUGAUAUACUCAGCGAACUUGACAGAUUUCGCAGCCAAACAGUCACGGAGAAGCAGCUGGAAAAGCCAUUCUUCAAUGGAAAAAGGGGCAGAUUGGCCGACUUGCGCUGAAUUUGGUGUUUUAAGAAUUGAAGAUGACAGUUACUCGAGUAUCAGCUGCUUUGUUGGCACCAACAACGGUCACUUAGCUACAUUUAAAAUCCUUCCUUCAUCUGGCGCAACGUAUACCGUGUCUUUUGUUGGGUCGUGUAGUUUGGAUGACAGGGUGCUAUCCAUUUGCCCUAUUAACGCGGAGACUGGAGCUCAGACACUAGCUACGCAGGAAGCCGUCUCAGACUUACGAAAUGGAGGUAAAGUCAAUGGAGUGAUUGUCGCGGUCACACCUUCUGGUUGUCAUAUCUUCAAACCCUCUACUUCCAAAGGCGCCCAUAAGAAUUGGGAUGACUUCAUGUGUGAUGCUGCCUCUGUGGUUCACUCGCCUGGGGGAUGCAGCCUGGUAGGCUUAUUUGGUGAUGGGAAAAUUAGAGCGUACUCCAUACCAGCCUUAAAGGAGAUUGGCUCUAUAAGUAUUGGAAAGAUACUUGAUACUAGAAGGUUGGGCGAUGCUCGGAUAUCACCAUCCGGAGAUAUUCUUGCAUGGACAGGACCAUCUGAAAUGGCUAUGCUUCAUGUUUGGGGUGUCAGCAGCCCGUUGCUCCGGUCAGCAGACAGGCUCUUUAAUCCCGAAGCAAUCGCUCCACCUCGCCCAGCCAUCUCCAAUCUACAAUGGAUAUCCGGGACACAAUUUGUAUCAACCGCAGAUGUGGAUUUAUUGGUUGGAGGACCAAACCGCCCUCCCUCUAAGCGCAUGCUCGAGCAAAUGCGUCUCGAAGAGCAAGAGCGUCAAAGGGCAGAGCGUGAAGGGCGUCUUCCCAGAACCAACACCUCUAACUCACAGGGCUCACAAGAGUCAUAUUGGGCAUAUAUGCAAAGACAAAUGCAGGAAAGAACUGAAAAUUUAAACAUUAUGGGCGAUAGCAUGGAUCGCCUUGGAGAGAACAGCAGCGGCCUAGCAGAUGACGUUAACAAGUUUGUCAGGAACCAAAAGAAGAAGGCAGUUCUGGGAGAUAAGCUAAAAACUGGCAUGAAUGCUGAUGUUAAAUCCUUCAGCGCUUGGCUCGAAAUUCGGGUUCUGAUACUAUCUGAACACAUGCCUCAAGGAAGUAAAAUUGAUGGCAUGUGCCUCUCUUCUUGGAAUCCCACACCUUGUACUUCUUCUACUUACUUCCUCAUCCGGGAGGGGGUUUCCCCUCUCUUUUCUGUCACUCACGAAUUUAUUGAUGAUAUAUAA